CUCAGUGGUUUACACUUGGUCAUGUAUGCUGCUGGUCAGUGGAGAUUGGCAUCAUAUUCUUUCACUAAUGGAAAUAAAAUGAGCAAAAUGGCGAGAACGCUUCUUGGCUUGAUAUUUGCCGUGCUUAUAAAUCAUUUCUUGUUUGCUGAGGGUUUCGACGUCAGACUGAUCAAUAAUUUGGAUAACUGCUUUGGGAGAGUUGAGGUCCAGCAUAAUAACACUUGGGGAACAGUUUGUGGUGAAUCGUGGGACAUUAGUGAUGCUGCUGUGGUGUGCAGACAGCUGAACUGUGGAAGAGCUCUUACUGCUCAUGCUUGGGCUCUGUUUGGGGAAGGGAGCGGUCCUAUCUGGAGUCCUGUCAAUUGUGCGGGUACUGAAUCUUCUGUUGAAGACUGUAUCCCACACACAGGAUUUGGACCAAAUGACUGUUCUCACAAUCAAGAUGCAGGAGUUGUGUGUUCAGCUUCUGUAGUGGUCAUCGUAGGUUCUGUGAUUAUAGCUGUGGUGUUUUUAUUAUCCAUCACAAUAAUUAUUAUCCUGGUGGUAAGGAGCAAAAGACGAAGUCAAAAACAGCAGAUAAGCUCCAGCGAUUGUAUCCAAGAUGUGGUUACCAUGCAUGACGUGCCCCAUGAAGACAGGUAUGAAGAGAGUGAUGAUGAUGAUGACUAUGAGAAGGUAGAUGUUGAUGGAGACCGUGAAGAUUUAAACUCAAACUUUGAGGAAGACUAUGUUAAUAUGGAUGAGCCUGUACAAACCAACGUGAGGUCAGAUAAUUCAGAACAGGAUGUGAAUGUGGAAACAGAAGACUCGGAAGGGGACUAUGUUAAUGUGGAGUCAGAAGAUUCAGAACAGGAUUAUGUGAAUGUGGAUAUUACAGAACACUGAUGUACAGUGGACAAUAACUUUUAAGAUGCAUGAAAGCUAUUUUCAGAUAAAAGACAUGAACUGGUAAUACAGUGGAAUUUACCACAGUGUGAUUCAAACCAAAAUGCCAUGGAACUCUGGACUGGCAUUAGGAUCCUCGAGCAUAGCAACACUAAGGUCAUGAUUCUCAGGAAACACAUACUAAAGAAUACCUUCAAUGUCACAUUGGAAUAAAAGAUCUGCCAAAUGCAUAAAUGUAACUUUUGCCUAAAUACUGUAUGUAAUAUGAAUCACACUGUGACAUCACCACUAUAAAUAGAUUAUAAAAUAAAUAAGAUUAAGGUUUUUGUGUGUAAAGUAAAAAUUGUGCCUUAGGCCCGGUUUCACAGACAAGACUUAGCUAAAGCAGGACUAUGCCUUAGUUAGAUUAGGAUAUUUAAAUUGCUUUUAUUGAAAUACCUUAAAGGGAUACUUCACCCAAAAAUGAAAAUUCUGUCAUCAUUUACUCACCUUCGAGUUGUUCCAAAUGUGUAUAAAUGUCUUUGUUUUGAUGAACACAGAGAAAUAUAUUUGGAAUAAUGCUUAUAACCAAACAGAUCUCAACACCUGGCUCCAGUUUCAGACUGGUCCUUCUUUAUAAAACACCAAUAGUGAAUUUACAAUGCAAUCAUUGAUUGUUUUGAUUUUUUUCUGUAGUGACUGAUCUCUUCAUUAAGACACGUUAUACUUACAAAAGGAAGUAUAAAGGAACAAAAAACGAAAUAGAACAAGAACAUAAUAUCUCAGUGUUAAUCAUAUAUUCUUACUAUGGAAGGCCAUUUCCACCACGUGAUAAAAAACAGGCUCUAAAAUGUCAUAAUUAUGCGAUAUAAAAUCGAAAUGAUGACAUAAAUAGCCAUUGUUGAUCUAGCUGGGAUGAAAUUCUUGCUUUAUUAGCGGAAAGUCAUGGAAUUAUGGAAGCCCAUUUCAGCCACGUGAUGAAAAAAUUAUGAGA